AUGCCCAGCAACGGAGCUCAUGAUAUUGUCUUUCGGACGUCCAUCGCGGCCUGCAACUCACGCAGCCACCUACAGGUCUACAUGCAAGAUGUCUUAGGAAAAAUCCGAGAGUCGAAGUACGAGGAUAAAUGGAGCAACGGAAUAGAGAAGAAUGGCAUUGCUUCGGCCAAGUUCUACUCUCCCGUAGCUUACACUUCCAACGAGCUUGAUAACAUCCGGGUCUACUACCCCUCUGCCGAGAACACUGUGAAGGACAUGGCUUAUGAUAAAUCCAAAGGUUGGUAUGAGGUUAACCUUGGUAAGAAGCGCUUUAUGACCGCCUCAUAUUCAAAGCUGGGUGCUUGUUACCUCAAGGAACCCGAUAUGACCAUUAAGGUCUAUUGUCAGAUGGCAGAUAACACAAUCCAGGAGUAUGGAUUCAAGGGUAAGUGA